UUUACUUGCCAAUUCGGCGGAAGUAAUGGUAUAACAAAUUCUUUUACUAACUGUGGUAUCGGAUGGACAUCAACUCCGUGGACUAUAACCAGUGGUCACGGGGAUCGUGGCAGAGCACCAAGCGGACGGAUAAAUGAUAUGUUCCUAAUCACGGAGGGGAACAACCCAGCAAGCUUCAAUCUCCCAUUGCUCCACCUUACACGAAAUUCUGGACUUCUUUCAUUCCACUACAAGUUCUACUCUCGCUAUCAAAGUAUCCUUGAAGUUUCCGUCUGUCCUGGCGAUGUUCCUGUACGCAUUCCUGACAAUGACCGUGUCGUCUGGCAGAGGAUUGAAAACAUCAUGGUUUACUGCGAUGGACGAGAACCCCAGAUAAGAUUCUUUGCAUCGGAGAUAUUAUAAGGUCUUUGGAUAACAGUCAUCGUAUAGCAUUUGAUAACAUCGAGGUCGUAUCAACUUCACCUCCAAUAACGACAACGACAAAGGCAACAACGGGAGUGACAACAAGAAAAGCAUCAACGACGGCAACAAGAACAAGUACAGCUACAACCACCACCACCCUGACCACAGGGUCUAUGACAACGGCCCUGGCAACAUCGGAUCGGACAACGUCUUCAUCAUCAUCAACUUUCACAGACCGGAAAAGAGCAACGACAACUGUCACUGUCAUCUCUGUCAGUCUGGCUGCUGUGGUCAUAGCCUUGGUCAUUGUCGGAAUCAUCGGGAUCACCAUACGAAAGAAUUUAAGGAGUGCAAUAUGCAAGACCAAAGUGAUGCAAACAGAAGGUCAGUACAUGGAUCUGGAACCAACCAAUAGUCCAGCACCAGCCUAUGAGUCAUUGGGAACUAGUUCCAUGUCAAAAGUCAAUGAGACCAAAGUGUUACAACCGACAGGUCAUUGCAUGGAUCCGGGAUCAACCAAUAGUCCAGAACCAACUUAUGAAUCUGUGGGAGCUGGUUCCGUGUCAAAGGUCACUUAUGAGAACGGUUCAGUCGUCAGAGUAGAACAGCUCAUCCAUCUAUCUACAGCAGAAGAUGAACACCAGUAUGAGUCUGUUGAACACCAAUGAGUCUGUUUAAUAUCUUUGGCGGGGGUUUCUGCAAAAUGAAAAUUGUUUGAUCAAAAUACACAUCGUCAUCAAUACUACAACAUAACGAUCAAAUUACACAUGUAACCCAAAAUGAUAGUUACAACAGACUAAAGAAAUUAUUUACAUAAAAAGGCAUAUAUAAUGUAUAACCCUAAUAUCAUAUUUCUGGAACUCUCUACCUCCCCAACUAUAAUACGUGAAGCCCCUAACAACCAAAUUUCAAAAAAUAUAUCGAGACUUAUUUAUUUGCGUUGUUGUAGGCUAAAGUAGUUAAAUUUAGAAGUAUGAUACAAUUUAAUGAUGUUUCAGGUGAUGUUUGUUUAAGAUGAUAUAGCAUAAUGUAGAUAAUAUAACAAUUAAAGUAUUUUGUAAUAUUUGUAAAGAACAUUGAGAUCAUGGAUAGGCCUAUGCCUGAAGAUCGUACUGAGCAGUACGAAAAACACCGAGUUGCAAUAAAAUUAUAGUAACCACACGUCAUCUGUAAUGUGUUUGAAAAAUAUUCGGAGUGAUAUUUCCAAUUUCCAGUGAUUUCUUUGAAGAGGUACUCCGGGCUGGCAAUAGUUAUAUCCAAAUAAAUAUAGUAAAAUUUAUAGAGCAGAACACUGGAAAUUUCAUCAAAGUCUGAUAUCAAAUAACGAAGAAACAGAAUUCUAAAAUGUUGCAGUAUUUGAAGAGUUUAGUUGCAAAAGGGCUUACGUCCACUUUGGACCAUUCUGAGAAAAAAACAUGUUUUUUAUUCUCACUUACUGCAAUAUUCUUAUGAGAAACUAAAUUGUCAUGAUGUACUACCCUAUCAUGCGAACAUAAAAUUGGGUAUAAAAGAAAUCUACCUUUCUUCAAUUUUUUUCUAUAAAUUCUUCUAAAAAUGAUCAUUGUGGACAUAACCCCUUUUGCAAGUAAACUGAAAUGAAUCCAAUCUAUUUCUAUUAAAAAGUGAUUUUUCUUUGCCACUUUUAUUCACUUUUUCAUGUAAAUUUCAAAUUUUCUUUGUUUUCAUCAAAGCGACUAAAAAUUUUGAGGUUUUGAGACAGUAAACAAUAAAAUUUAUGAACAAUGGACCUAACCCCUUUUGACAAAUGAGCUCUUCAGAAGAGUUUGCUUGCCAAAGGGGUUAGGUCCACUCCAAGAAAA